CUGAGUUCUCCUCCGCCGCACCACUCCACUUUUUCGGGGGCCCACCUCUUCCAGAUCGACCUGGAGAGUUGGGAGAAUGUCCUGGGUCAGAACUGCAUGAGCCACGGGCCGGACUGUUGCUUUCCUGAAACGCUGCAGGAUCUCUCCGUGGGCCGCGAUGGCAGAGCAGUCGGAGCAGAACGUGAAGUACUACACGCUGGAGGAGAUCCAGAAGCACAACCACAGCAAGAGCACCUGGCUCAUCCUGCACUACAAAGUCUACGAUCUGACCAAAUUCCUGGAGGAGCAUCCUGGUGGAGAAGAAGUUCUCAGGGAGCAAGCUGGAGGGGAUGCAACUGAAAACUUUGAGGAUGUUGGGCAUUCUACAGAUGCCAGAGAAUUAUCCAAGACAUAUAUCAUUGGAGAACUUCAUCCAGAUGACAGAUGCAAAAUAACUAAACCUUCAGAUACUCUUAUAAGUACCAUUGAUAAUAACAGCAGUUGGUGGACCAGUUGGGUGAUCCCAGCAAUCUCUGCACUUGUUGUGGCCUUGAUGUAUCGAUUCUACAUGUCAGAGUACUAAUCACAUUUUUUAAAAAGCCAAUAAGAGAAGAGACUGACUUAAACCAGGAUAUAAAGAAGCCAGUUGUCAUUGUCCACUUUGCCUGACAGAAACCAACUUCAUUUGCAAAGAGAACUUUAAAGUAUCCAUUUCCCACCCCUCCACCUCCUGACAUCCAAAAAGUAAACUAUCCUUCUGUACACUUUUCUAUAGGGUGUGCCUUUUCAUUCAAAUUAUUUUUAAAGUUUAGUUUCUCUUCUUGAUGCUUUAUCACUACUUUAUUCUUUGUGUAACAAAAACAGCUGCUAUAAUUAUUGUAUAAUCUUUACAGUUUUCUGCAUCUAUUUGUGUUUGUACAAAUCAGUCUUUGAUGCUCAGAAGCCUUUAAAAUAAGCCCUUCAGUAGACUACUUAUUUAGACCCAAGCAAUCAGUGCUAAAUGCUUGGCUCUAAGGAAGUUUUUGGCUUCUGUCUACUAGGAUAUUAUCUCUAAUAGAAUUACCCAUUGUGGCACUUUUUUCAAAUCAGUUUCCUUUUCAGGAAGUCAAGAAGCCCAAUGGUCAUAAUUUGAAUGCUUCUAAUAACUGUUCUAUUAUAGAUAAUGGUAAGAAGGGGAAAUGUCCAGAAGAAACUGACAUUGAUCAAGGAAUAGAUUAUAUCUACUCAUAAAAUGAGGCCUGUCCCUCCCUCCCCAAUUCUCAGCCUAGAAUUAACCCUCUAGUUGCUGGAGGCAAAGAGUGAGGAGGAAUCUUCUUUUGAGGAUUGCUGUUUGGAAGACCUUGUUGGCACUCCUUUUAGGAGGGCUGCUGUUUCAAACUUUUAAGGAGGACUAAAAGGUGUCCUUUGUGAUGUUUGGAUACUUGUUUGUCUUAAGUAACUCACUGCCAACUAAUGAAUGAUAAAUUAUGUUCAUACACGUGGGUCCAUCCCCCCCUCCCCCAUUGGGAACCCUUCUGACUUCUUCCAUUGUGUGUGUAGUCUUUAUUCUCUGGCCUUCUGGAAAAGUUAGUUGUUUGAUGACAUAGUAGAGGAGUGAAUCUGUUUAAAAUGUAAGCUGUCAUAAUGAACUGUGAUCAUGCAUUUUCCCCUUGAUAUAUUAAUCAAGCAGCAUGUACAUGAAAAACCACUAAUACACAUUAAAAAGGCUGAUUUUUUUCCUCAAAAAAAUUCUGUUGAUAUCAAUUGUAUAAUCAUUGUUACGUUUACCAUCCUAAGUCUCUCACUUAAAACACACACACACACACACACAGAGUGCAUAAUCAGGGCCUAAGGUUAAGGAGAAAGGCUCACUGUUUUAUCUGUAACUGAAAAUGACACUUAGGUUGAAAGUGGGUAGGGAGAGGUGGGAAAUGACGAGCUAUGGUGCCAGAAAUACAAAAUUAUGUUGGAGAAACAUUUUUUGUUAAAAUUCUGAAUAAACAUGAGUCUGAAACAAAA